AUGUCCCACGGGACCUACUACGAGUGCGAGCCCCGCGCUGGCCAGCAGCCACUGGAGUUCUCAGGGGCCCGCGCGGGGCCUGGGGAGCUGGGGGACAUGUGUGAGCAUGAGGCCUCCAUCGACCUGUCUGCCUACAUCGAGUCUGGGGAAGAACAGCUCCUCUCCGACCUCUUCGCCGUGAAGCCGGCCCCUGAGGCCCGAGGCCUUAAGGGCCCGGGGACCCCUGCCUUCCCCCACUACCUGCCGGCUGACCCACGGCCCUUCACCUAUACCCCACAUACCUUCGGCCCCGACAGGAAGGCCUUGGGGCCUGGCAUCUACAGCAGCCCAGGGAGCUACGACCCCAGGGCCGUGGCCGUGAAGGAGGAGCCUAGGGGGCCUGAGGGCAGCCGGGGGGCCAGCCGCAGCGGCUACAACCCUCUGCAGUACCAAGUGGCACACUGUGGACAGACAGCCAUGCACCUGCCCCCAGGCCUGGCGUCACCCAGCCAGCCAUUGCGCGUCCUCAAGGCCCCUUUGGCCGCUGCCGCGGCCCCCUGCAGCCCGCUCCUCAAGGCGCCCUCCCCAGCGGGCCCCUCACACAAGGGCAAGAAGGCGGUGAACAAAGACAGCCUGGAGUACCGGCUGCGGCGGGAGCGGAACAACAUCGCGGUGCGCAAGAGCCGGGACAAGGCCAAGCGGCGCAUCCUGGAGACACAGCAGAAGGUGCUGGAGUACAUGGCCGAGAACGAGCGCCUGCGCAGCCGCGUGGAACAGCUGACCCAGGAGCUGGACACGCUGCGCAACCUCUUCCGCCAGAUCCCUGAGGCCGCCAACCUCAUCAAGGGCGUGGGGGGCUGCAGCUGAGCCCACCUGGCAGACUGAGGGCCCCAGCUCCCGAGCUCAGCCUGACCUUUCGGACACCCGGCCUCGUUGGGGCCCAGAGCCCCUCUCAGGCCCAGCCAGAGAGAGACCAUGGGCAAGUGGCAGCAGGGGGCAAGG